AUGCGGUUCCUACAGAUCAUUCUCAGCGCUUUGUCGCUCCUCGUUUCUGUCAAUGCCUCUUCUCCUGCCACCGAUAUUCUCUACUGGCCUGUGGGGUCUACGCAGCCCUCCGUCCUUGCGCGUGUCACCUAUGACCCGGCCUCGAUGAAAUCCGACGUGCUCUCAUAUACCCCUCCAAAGAACCAAGACGACGGUCUAGUGCGCGUCGGACUCUAUACGGCAACAGCUACAAGCAACAAGCAAUGGGUUGGCAGUCUCGUGUCGUUGUCCUCUUUAACAGGCAAUGAGCAACCAACAUUCCGCCUCCACCUCGGUCCCGCCGAUGAGGUCUACCAUGUCUCCCUAGCUGCUUCAUCUGCUGUGCAGGGCUCUGGUGCUCAGGUUGACCUUGUCUCGAAUGAGCUUGGGGUGCAGCCACACUUGAACCGGCCAGUGGUUGUUAAUCCUGAUGGUGGAAACGCCGAGGAACCUGUGGAGAAGUCUCUCUUGCAAAGGUACUGGUGGAUUCUGCCCAUCGUCUUCUUUAUCACUAUGUCUGGUGGCGGCGAAGGACAGUCAUGA